CGUUCUUUGUUCUAGCAAUGGAUGCGCGAUUCGCGAAGGUUUCUUUCGGAUUGUCUGAUCUUUUCUUGACCAUUUCCUUCGAAUCGCAGCUCCCGAGAUUCGUGACAGUAGCGAUCGAGGUCCCGCGCGGGAGCUUCGUGAAGCGGCGCGUCGAUGGAUCCGUGGAUUUCAUCGCGCCGCUGCCCUGCCCCUUCAAUUACGGCUCGGUCUCGUCGAUCCCAGCUCCCGACGGUAGGGGUGAUCCACUGGACGCCCUUGUUCUUGGCGAAAUCCUCCCAUACAAUGCCGCUACCACGCACAGGGUCGUGGGCGUCGUUCGAUUCACCGACGCUGGAUUCACGGACAACAAGCUCGUUUGCGUCCAGGCCGAUCGAAAUCUCAAGCGUAGGAAGGAGGAGCUCCUCUCAAUCUCAAUGCGCCGCAGGAAGAACUUCAGCGCCGCCGCCAAAGCCAUGAUCCGAGAAUCCAUCGACGACGAUCAUCUCCGGCUCCUCGAUUACUGCUCGCUCACCGCAUUCUUCGGAAUCUACGCGAUUUUCAAGCGGGGGCUCAAUGCAGCCAGGGGCCGCGGCGGCGAGACGGUGUUCCAUGGCGUGGAAAUCUUCCCUCCAUCGCCAUAGCUUCCUCCUCGCAUGACCCGG